AUGGAUCAACAAGGCCAAUCAGGGGCCCCCGGCCCCGCUGGUCGCAAGCUCCAUAUAGCUCACAGGAGAAGUCCAUCAGAGCUGACUCCCCUAAUGAUGGAACAACUGGCAAUACAGCAACAGAUUGAACUGCUUCAGCAGCAACAACAACAAAUCGCAGCGACGCACCAACAGUAUGUUAACAUGGGUCUCUUACAACCGCAGCAGCUGGGCCAGGUUUCGGCAUUCCCUCCCUCGAUCCAAGGCGGUGCAUCUAUGGGGAGUGGUGUUUCUCCUCAGAUCAACGCUUUUCAAUUUCCCCAACUGGCCCAGCAACAGCUUGGCGUGCCGAUGAACCCUCCGAACCAACACUCCCACCGACGUAACCAAUCUGCUCUCCCAGGCAUUGGCAUGGGGGGCCCUCCUCCAGCUCCAUCCUCGGGAGCCUCGGGUUAUAAUGAUUACAACCAGCAACAGCAGGGUAACCAAAAGAAUGAGAAUGGAAACCAUGGCCGUGGCCGCGGAGGACCUCCUGGUGGCGGUCACCAGCGCCGCCAUUCUCUCGCCCUGCCGGAAGCGAAGAAGGCUGCAGAGCUCGCUCAGCAGAAGAGGACAGCUUCCGGUUUUCAAUUCCCUGGCCCCGGUGCUGGUGGCAACUCGGAAAACACAUCGGGCUCAGACGACAAACCAACCUCCAGCAGCCCUGCACCUCAGGGACUUGGCCUUCACCGAGCCGGCAACAUUCGGGCUGGUGGUGGCCACGGUCGUAGCCAAUCUAUGGCCGUAGGAAACAACCGCGGCUCCAUGUCCGGCCGCGGAGCAGGUGGCUUCCAAUUUCCGCAAUCGAAUGAUGGAGGUCUCGGUGGCCAGUCGGAGAACCAGAGACGUGGCAGUCAGCCAGGCCAUGGCCGCUCAUCGUCCAGGAACUUUGACAGUAAUUGGCGCCAGCCCAACAACCAGAACCAGGGCCAGGAUCAGCAGAAGGGCUUUGGACAGCAAGGUAGCGGCUUCCAACCCGGUCACCGUUCCCGCGGAUCGAUGAACCAGUCGGUCGGCUCCAUUGGCCAGUUCCAGUACCCUGGUCAGCCUCAACUCAUUCAGCUUCCCCAGGGACAAGUUGUCAUGGCUCCCCCGCAAAUGUUUGGUGGCCAGCAGCUGAACCCGCUACAGCUUGCACAGCUUCAAGCACUCCAGCAGAAUGGACAGCUUAACGGACAGGGCCUUGGCGGCCUCCAAGCCAGUCAGCAUGCUCCCCCACAGCUGUCUGUUCAGCAGCAGCAACAGCAACAGCAACAGCAGCGGAAGACGUUGUUCACUCCUUACCUUCCGCAAGCUAACUUGCCGGCUCUUCUGAGCAACGGUCAACUGGUUGCCGGUAUCCUGAGGGUUAACAAGAAGAACCGAUCCGAUGCCUACGUCACUACUGGUGAUCUGGAUGCGGAUAUCUUCAUUUGUGGUAGCAAAGACCGCAACCGUGCCCUCGAAGGUGACUUUGUUGCUGUGGAGCUUCUGGAUGUUGAUGAGGUAUGGUCUCAGAAGAAGGAGAAGGAGGAAAAGAAGAAGCGCAAGGACAUCACCGAUGCUCGAUCUGGAAGCAAUGCUGGAAAUGACAAGCUAUCCCGGUCGGAUUCGGGCGCCAACGGAGAUCGUCAAGAGGUUGGCCCCGACGGCAGCAUCCGUCGCCGUGGCAGUCUCCGUCAGCGACCUACGCAGAAGAAGAAUGAUGAUGUCGAAGUCGAAGGUCAGAGCCUUUUGCUGGUUGAGGAAGAUGAGAUCAGCGAUGAGCAGAAGCCCUUGUACGCCGGCCACAUCGUGGCUGUAAUUGAACGCAUUGCAGGCCAGAUGUUCUCCGGAACUCUCGGGCUCCUUCGCCCCAGUAGCCAGGCGACGAAGGAGAAGCAGGAGGCGGAACGGCAGGCCAGAGAUGGCGGUCAUGGCCGUCACCACUCGGAACGUCACCAGGAUAAGCCCAAGAUUGUCUGGUUUAAGCCCACAGACAAGCGCGUUCCGCUUAUCGCCAUUCCCACUGAGCAGGCGCCUCGCGACUUUGUCGAGAAACACCAAGACUAUGCCAACCGCAUCUUCGUCGCCUGCAUUAAGAGAUGGCCAAUCACUUCUCUGCAUCCCUUUGGUACUCUUGUCGAGCAGUUGGGUGAAAUGGGCGACCUCAGAGUGGAGACUGAUGCUCUCCUCAGAGACAACAAUUUCGGCUCCGAUGAGUUUUCCGACGCUGUUCUUAAGAGCAUUGGCUGGGAAGACUGGUCUGUCUCAAGUGAGGGUGAGGCUCUGGCUUCGCGCCGGGACUUCCGUGAAGAAACAACCUUCACCAUUGAUCCCAGUGGAACCAAGGAGCUCGAUGAUGCUUUCCACAUCAAAAAGCUUGCCGAUGGAAAUGUUGAGAUUGGUAUCCACGUUGCCGAUAUUGCUCACUUUGUUAAGGGCAACUCUCUGGUGGAUCGGGAAGCCAAGAAGCGUGGCACUGCUGUCUACCUGGUCGACCGCCUUGUCAAUAUGUUGCCAACGCGUGUUUCCACUGAGCUCUGCUCUUUGCUCCCCGGAGAGGAUCGUCUGACGGUUAGUGUUGUAUUCAAGGCCAACCCACAGACCGGCGCUGUCGACGAUGAUGUGUGGAUCGGCAAGGCUGUUGUCAAGAGCUCGGGCAGACUAAGCUAUGAUGAGGUGGAUUCUGUCAUCGAAGGACAGUCUGAUUCUCCAGUGGCAGGCGUCACUGCUGACAACAUCCGGGCGUUAAACGCUAUCGCGAAGAAGUUCCGGGAGGCAAGAUUCGGCAACCGCGUUACGGAUGUGCCACCUUUGCGUCUCAUGUACCAGCUGGACGACGAGAAUGUACCCGUUGAAAACAACAUCUUUGACUCCUCUGCCGCCCAUGAGCUCGUGGAGGAACUCAGCCACAAGGCCAAUUUCUUCGUGGCUCGCAAGUUGAUCACUGCCAUGCCCGACAAGGCCUUCCUUCGCCGCCAGACACCACCAAACUCCCGUCGUCUCCAAUUGUUCAAUGAUAGAAUGAACAGACUUGGAUAUGACAUUGACGUUGCAAGCAGCGGGAGCUUGCAGAGCAGUCUUUGCAAAGUGCAAGAUGUUGAUGUGCGCAAGGGGAUGGAAACUCUUCUUGUCAAAGCCAUGCAGCGCGCGAAAUACUACGUGUCGAGCACUGUCCAGGAUGAGCAGCGUCAGCACUUCACCCUCAAUUUCCCCGUGUACACCCACUUCACCAACCCCUCUCGCCGCUAUGCCGAUAUUCUUGUCCACCGUCAGCUUGAAGCAGUUCUCUCGGACGGCACUAUUGAAUUUUCGGACGACUUGGAGUCUCUCAACAAGACGGCAGAUCUCUGCAACACUAAGAAGGAUUCUGCACACAACGCUCAGGAACAGAGUGUUCAUAUCGAGGCUUGCCGUAACAUGGACAGGAAGAGGGAAGACAUUGGUGGCGACUUGAUUAGUGAGGGUAUCGUUCUCUGCGUCUACGAGUCGGCUUUCGAUGUCCUGAUUCCCGAGUACGGUUUCGAGAAGCGUGUCCACUGUGACCAGCUGCCCUUGAAGAAGGCCGAGUAUCGCAAGGACUCGCGUGUUCUGGAGCUCUACUGGGAGAAGGGUGUGCCUUCGUCCGCUUACAUUCCUGAGGACGAGCGUCCGAAGCCAGCAAACUCUCGUGCGGCUCAGGCAGCGGCUGCCGCGCGCGAAGCAGAGGCAGCCAGAGAGCGUGCCCGGGAAAGGGAUGAGGCGAUGCGCAAGCAGACUGAAACUGGCACCAUGUCCGCGGAUGAUGUUGAUGCUCUUUUCGAUGAUGACGAUGACAUCUCGGAGGCCACUGAGAUGGCCGCUGGUGUGUCGUUGAACUCUGCUGCCGACCGCUCUACUCAAAGCAUGCCACCUUCGCCAACACGAAACGGCCAUCUUCAGCAGGCUCCUCACCGUACUCGAUCCGACCCCAAGAUUGCAACCAGCAUGGGCGACGCUCCGGAAGCCAAAUUGACAAACAAGGAGAAAUACUUGCGCUUGUUCAAGCUUAGAGAGGAUGGCGGCGAAUACAUCCAAGAUGUCACUGAAAUGACACGAGUUCCAAUUAUUCUCAAGACCGACUUGAGCAAGAGCCCACCGUGUCUCACUAUUCGGUCUGUGAACCCCUACGCUUUGUAG